CUAGUUACUCCGUCGCCCAAGAGAUGGCUCUCGCGUCGCUCUCAAAAGGAAAACAAAAAUGGCGACGCUGAGCUCCCUCCAAGACAGACUGCAGGGGUUGGGGACGAGGCUGAAGGCUGAGAACGAGGCUGGGACCCGGGAGAGGAUGAACACCAACCUCACCCUAGACUUCACCAGGGAUAGACCAGGCUCGGAGAGGAGACCCAGACCCCUUCCAAUAGGAGAAUCCAGAUUACCAGAACGGCCGAACACCAUCUCAGGAGGACGGCAGAAAGAGCGACGCAAAAUAGAGUUGCCUUUAUUUUUUGAACCCCGCCAACAACCUGACCUUCCAGAAUUAGAUGCACAUGUAAAGGAAAUCACUAGAAAAAAUGGUAAUCUAAUUAUAGAGAGCAAGAAAUAUAAAAGUUCCAUAGAAGAUAUGGAAUACAUAUCAGAAUUAGGCAAUGGUACUUCUGGCAAUGUUGUCAAAAUGCUUCACAAAUCUUCCAAAAAAGUUAUUGCAGUUAAGCAAAUGAGACGCUCGGGGAACAUGGAGGAGACAAAACGCGUUUUCUUUGACCUGGAGGUUGUAUUAAAAUCCCACGAUUGUCCAUAUAUCGUACAGUGUUUAGGCUGCUUCAUCACAGACUCUGAUGUGUGGAUCUGUAUGGAGCUCAUGGCCACUUGCCUUGACAAACUCACCAAACGAUACAAACAGCCGAUACCUGAACCUAUCCUGGGAAAAAUUUCUGUGGCCACGUUAAAAGCCCUUCAUUACCUAAAAGAGUCACACGGUGUGAUUCACCGUGAUGUGAAACCUUCCAACAUUCUUCUCGAUGAACGUGGAAACAUUAAACUUUGUGACUUUGGGAUCUCAGGGAGACUAGUCGAUUCUAAGGCCAAGACUCGGAGUGCCGGCUGUGCUGCGUAUAUGGCGCCGGAACGGAUAGACCCGCCCGACCCAACGAAGCCAGAUUACGACAUUCGUGCUGAUGUUUGGAGUUUGGGCAUCACACUGGUUGAACUUGCAACAGGCCAGUUUCCAUACAAAGACUGUCGUAAUGACUUUGAGGUACUGACCAAGGUUCUCCAAGAUGAUCCACCCUCUCUUCCAAAAGAUGGUACUUUUAGCCCAGAAUUCUGUGAAUUUGUAAAUGAUUGCCUUAUUAAGGAAUAUCGUCACCGCCCAAAGUACAAGAAACUUCUCGACUAUUCCUUCAUUAAGAAGUAUGAGCAAAAGAAGGUCGACGUUUCAACAUGGUUUGGAGAGGUGUGCCACGUGAUGGAUGCUAAAGCUCGGAACUCCCCGCAAAGAGUAAGUAUGUUUUCCUCCCCGCUACUACCCCGAGCUUCGCGGUCCAGCAGCCGGCCACCAAGUGCUCCCAGUAGUAGUGGAGGAGGGGGAGGGGUAGGAGGAGGUGGUGGUGUUAAUGGUGGUGUUAGUAGCGGGAAUGAAUGCGGACCUCCACCUCCCCCCGUGGCACCAAGACGACGGAGUCGCACUCCCGAGGCUCAUAGCCAUGAUCGUGUCAACCAUCCAUCACCUCAACAAUUACAACACCUUCAGCAACAAAAACAAAGUGAACUACAAAAACAUCAACAACUGGAGCAACAACAGCAACAGUCAACGCAACAGCAACAACUACAAAAGCAGCAGCAGAAUGGUGGUGGUGUUAGUAGUCCUAGCAGAAACUCUGGUGGCAACAGCUGCAGCAAUGGUGGCAGUGGUGUGGUUAGUCGGUCUCAGCUUCCAGCCUCUCCCAAUCUGACCCGCGCCGUAUCUGCUUCACCAUCACGUUCUGGGCCCCCAUUGUCCCCCGCUCCCUCCAGGGCAUACUCAGCAUCACCCUUGCAAAGAUCUGUGCCCCCUUCUUCUGCACCCCCCCAUUCAUACCCUGGAGUUACUCAAAUGGGAUCUUUUUCCCAACCCCCUUCAUCAGCCCAACAUCAGUAUAGUGUUCCAUUAACUACACAAACUUUUUCCCCAUUUAAUUAUUCCCCCAGGCCUUAUACACAGGUUUAUAGCCAAUAUUCAAAUCCAUACAACCAGGUGUUACCUCCACGUUCAAGUCAUAAUAGUUUUUAUAAUAAUGUGUCUGGAAAUGGUAGGGAGAGUGGAGAUAACCACAGUAGUAGUAGCAGUAGUCAUCAUUCAUCAAGCUCAGGAAGCACCAGUACAACAAAUAUGUCCGGAGGUGGGAUGGGCACGAGCGGGUCUGUGCGGGAGAUGGCCAGCAGCUGGCCUACGCCCAGUCACUUGGUCAACCUUAGUACGGGGCAGCGAGAGGCCUGGGGAAGCAGUGGCAGUAGUCAAGGGGGGGCGGCUACCACUACCUCGGUCACUCACACACCCACCAUGCACAGGAAAACUCCCGAGCCAGUAAGGUUCAACCCCGAGCCGUGGGCCCCUCGUGGCCGCUUUGCUCAGCCUGCCCACUCGCACCACUUCCGCUCUCACUCCACUGACCUCUCAACCCGAGGCCUGCCCAGCAGCCGCUACCCUCCCACUUACCUGCCCCCCCAUGUGUCCCCCCUCGUCUCUCGAAGGAUCGUGGAACAGAACAGAUCAACAGCAAACACCAGCAGCAACAGCAGUCAGCAGUGCCAGCCAGGAGCACUACCCACCUCUAGUAGCAGUAUACCCCCUCCCUCCGUUAGUCUCACUACCCCUCACUACAGGUACACUCAGGAAGCCUACUACAACAGCCGACCCUACUACACUCCAGAACCACAGCGUAGAAUACUCCCCCGUUUGGGAAACCCCUGACCCCCAAGAACAUGCUCCAAAGAGGCACACCAAGCCUGUGAGCCUCAUUUUCUCAGCAGCCACAAGCGCACAGGAUAGAAGCCUCUGGACCAGGCUCUGUCAACUUUUGGAGAGUGGCCGCCAGCAGCUAGUCAUUGCAGUCAUAGCAUGGAUCAACACCUUACUCGUCUCGUGUGUCCAACAACUUGCCGAUGACGUAUAGAUUAUAUUUGCACUUGCCUGUGACUAGGUUCUGACUAGCCAGCAAUAAUACUUUUUGAGUUGUCAUAAUAAUUUACAAAUAUUUUUGUGUCCUCAGGAGUGGCACUUUCAUUUAUAUUAACUUGUUUUUAUAACUAUGUGCCAUUAUAUUAAAUUACCAGUUUUAGUAUUUUGUAUGUUAAAUAUCAAAUAAUAGUACUGCUGGGUGGUCAAUAAGUCCUCUUGUGUCAUUUUUAUAAGACUGCAACAAUAAUCAUGUUUAUGUGAAUCAAACAAGUUUUUGUGCUCAGGGGAAAUCACCGGAUAUAUUGAUACCAUUGUGUGUAUUAUAAUCUGGUGUAAGUAAUGCCUGAAAUAGGACCUCCUGUUGUGAAGGCCUUACUCAGAUAAAAAAAACACCUAGUUGAAUGCUACAGGCAGUUCUGCAACUUGUUCACGAGUUAAUAUGUUGCUCAUCAUGCUUAUGAAAGCCUGAAUAUACAUGGCAUUACACUAUUGUACUUUAUUCAUUUAGUUUGAAGGAGUUUAAUGAAAUUUGAAAAGAAAAUUGUCAGGAAAUGCCGUUGUUUUCCUUGGAGGAAGUUAAAUAAAACUGAUUGUUUGACAAACUGCUGCAAGAUUGGUGUUGACAAGUUACUUAAGCUUUCACUUGGAGCACCGUCUUAAGCAGUGGAAAUUUUGAUUCAGAUGUCAGUCACUUGGUGCAUAUGCACAUUUAAUGAGUGACAAGUGUAAUACAAGUUUAUUGCAACAUUUCUGACAUUGGUUACAAAAUGUGAUCAAAUGAUGAAUUGAUGGCUUUGAUGAAACUUACGUCAUUAGGGACAAACUGUUUUUUUAAAUUGCUAGCACAUGCUCAUGAAUGUUUUCCUACACACAUUCAUUUUCUGCCACUAACAUGUUUCUCUCUCUCUGACACUGAGAUACAUGCGCGCACACACACACACGUGCACACACACACAUAUAUGUACGUACGUAUAUAAAAUGGGUCGAAUACCUGGAAAGAAAUGGCAUAAAAAAUGUACACAUCAUGGUCUUCAAGGAGAGUACAAUUGUGCAUAACAAAUUCUCUUAGUUUUUAUGAUAGAGCUACAGAGAUCCUGCAAGAGAGGGUUGGGCUGACUGCAUCUACCUAGACUUAAAAAAAUGAAGGCUUUGACAGAGUCCCUUACAAGAGGCUGUUCUGGAAUCUAGAACACAAAGGCCUGCUGACUUUGAUGAAAGCAUUUGACAAAAAAUAAAACCGAUAAUCAGAGUCAAUGCUGUCUGGAGAAGUGACAUCAGAGCAGUGUCACGAGGAUAAGUUCUAGUGCCAGUAAUGUUCAUUGUGUAAAUGAUCUACCAGAGGGGAUUCAGUUACAUGAAUAUGUUGGCAAAAGAUGUUGUUACUAGGGAGAGUAAAAGAGACAGAUUAGUGCCUUGUCCUUCAAAAUGGCCUAGACAAAAUAAGUGACUAGAGCAACACAUGUCAGAUAAAAUUCAAUGUGGAAAAUGCCACAAUGAAAUGUGGAGUAGGUGAAAAUAGGCCAAAAACAACCGUGUUAUGUGUAAAGAUAUUAAAGUACCUCAAAGAGAUCCAGGGUUGAUUCCAGUGAACAGAUGACCACUUCAAAAGGAUUGUGAUAGAAGUCUAAACUACACUUGCAAACUUCAAAACUGUUUUUAAACACAUGGAUGGGAAAGUACUAAAAAAUUAUUUGUGGCAUUUGAGAGACUGAAAUUAGAGUAUGCAGCAGUUGUAUGAUGUUUAUAUCUAAAAAUCAAACCAAUUAGAGAAGGUGUAAAGACAUAGAAUAAGUGCUAUAAGGAAAGACUUGGUGUUGAACAUACAAAAACUGAUACUGUAGAUAGCAAAAGAGAAGAUAUAAUCACCACAUAUAAAAUUAAUACAAUUGAUAAGGAAGAAUAUUUAAAGCCUGCAACAUCUAACUUAAGGAGCCACAGACUCAAGCCUAGAAAGUAAAACUGUUGAAAAAAUGUCCAACAGGUCUCUCUUGUGAAUAGAGGGUCAUGAAGAAAGGUUGUAGGGAAGACAGAACACUGGGAGGUAGCUCUCAUCCUGUAA